AUGUCGAACAACAGCACAACCCGCAAUCUCGACCUCGACAGCCGCAUCCAAGCACUACCUCAGGAGCUUCAAGACAUGAUCCUCGACUACGCUGUCCGCGAGCCUACCACUACUUGCAUCAACUUGACCACAGCAUAUCGUCCUCCUGUCGCUAUCCAGAUUAAUCGCAAAAUGCGGGACAAGUUUGUGUCAGUCUACUACCGCGCCACAACCUUCCGUGUCAGGUCCCAGACUUCUGGAAAUAUCAACAUGCUGCCAGGCUUCCUGGCAUCUCUUCCUGCUGCACACCUCCACAUCAUGCCAAGUAUCGAGAUUGAUACAAGCGACGAAUACGGGUCGUUUAUCCCUGAUGCGCUCGACGGACGCAAGAUCAAGUGGGCUGGACAAAACCAGGCCGAAGCGGCCUCGGCAGAGCAUGUGAGCCAGAUUCCAUCAAAGGACAAGGAGGAUUAUGCCCUGAGGGAAAACACUGCUAGACACUAUGGUGCGACAUAG